AAGCAAUGCCAGGCUGCGAUUGGUGACCUCGGUUACUAGGCAGAUCAAGGCUGGGGGCCAGUUCUGGGGUAUACCGGCGGCUCAAAGGCCAAGGCCCUGAAGCUAUCCGCUCACCAACAUCCCGUCGUGCCACGACUGUCUUCAGUUCUCAAUGCUUUCUCAAGGGUCACUUCAAAUCCUCUUCAUUUAUUCGCACGGCACGACUAUGGCUGUUCCAAACAUAUCCAGCCUUGCAGGCCAUUAACAAUCUCUGGUGCGUUUUGCGCCCACUGGAAACGUUGUACAAUGGGCCUGGUGGCCUUAUGUCUUGAUACAGCUUUCUUUGGCCAGGGGUGGUCACCAUGGGACUUCUACUCAUGACCGGCCGAGUUUGCCGAGAUUAAGCUACCUAAAGGCGAUAGCCCUCAAGGAACCCCUGUUUGAAGACUGGGACGACUCGUGCAAGAGAACUCCGCCACCAACGUGGUGCUACCAAGCGACAUCUGCCUGGGAAUCUGGCUCACCGCGUUCUUCUCUUCCAGUGCAUCUUACCCUUGACGUCCGCCAUCGAGCUCAUCACUGUCGCAUCGGCUUGCCUAUAGAUAUUUACCAAUACGCCUUUUUACAGCCCUGCUGCCACCGGAUGAAUCGAGAAGAUGGCAGAAACCAAUUCUUCGAGCGGCACGUCCGACAAAUAUCCAGCGGCCAGUAAUGCACAGCACAGCUAUCCUGAAGUCGCAACACAGAUGAACCAACCCCCACUAAACACAUACGAGACCCCUAAAUCGGCGUAUCCUCAAUCGACCUUCUCCCAACAACCACAAUAUCAGUACCAGUAUCCGAACCAGAAUGGCUACGUGCCGCCUGAGGCUGUUUCCGCGCCGGGCCCGUCAGGCAAGCGGAACCCGUGGGGCCUGUCACCUUUGACAUUUGGACUUCUGGUCGCGACAAUCACGGCUAUCGUGGUCGGCGCGGCGGUGGGAGGUGGCGUCGGUGGUGCCUUGUCAGGUAAAGACUCAGACUCGGGCGCAGAUUCAAGUGUACCCACGGCUACCGUGACCGUGACAGCCGGUGACAGCGCCGCAACCGCAACCGCGACCGGUACGGGGACAUCAACAGCCUUACCCUCCCCAUCCUCACUGCAGAACUACGUCGUCGAUGAACCCUACUUUGUCGAAAGUCUCAAACUUCCCGACUGCACCAUCGACUCCGAAACCAUCACCUCAAAAGACUACUCCAACCUCUUCAAUCUAUACUGCGGCAUUGAUAUGGCCAACUCACGCCCGGACGACGAUAACCCAGACCUCGUGGUGGCGGACUUCGUCGGCCUCUUCGCGUACACCGUCACGGAUUGUCUGUACGCGUGCUCGAACGCCAUCAUGUUCUCGACCACUUGGGGACACGACACCACGCAGACCUGCAAGGGCAUCACGUGGCAGGCCAGCAUGAGCUCAAGCAACACGUCGGAUUCGGCGAACUGUUGGCUCAAAAACGGUACCAGCACGCAGCAGAGUAAUCAAUGUAAUACCUGUGUCAGUGCGAAGCUCGUGGGCUGAUCCGCACUUGGUGAAGGCGUUACUGCUUGGGCCGAAUUUGAUUUCUGGUGCAGUCACUGUAUGUGAUGAUGAGCGGGCGGCGUCCUGAAUGUUUGUGCUUUUACUUUUCUGGAAAUGGGUUCAUACAUGGUAGACAAUGUCACUCGAAUUCUGAUUCUACGCAGCUAGGGCAUCAAGCAUGGUGAGCUCCGAGCUCUUGGUGCCUUCGCAGACUUCUUGGUGACCUUACUGACUAUGUCGGCACGAGAGAGAA